AUGGCUGGACAAUUGCCAAUCAAAUUUCAAGAGCAUUUACAACUUCAAAAUGUCGGUAUCAAUGUUGCGAACAUCGGCUUCAGUUCCUUAACAAUGGAGUCCGACAAGUUCAUUUGCAUACGAGAGAAAGUUAAUGAUACAGCCUUUGUAAUUAUAAUCGAUAUGGCUGAUACUAGUAAUCCAAUCAAACGGCCAAUUACUGCGGAUUCAGCCAUUAUGCAUCCAACAAGUAAAGUGAUUGCAUUAAAAGCUGGUAAAACCCUCCAAAUAUUCAACAUUGAACUGCGUAGUCGCAUGAAAACAUUCAAUAUGACUGAGGACUGUAUUUUUUGGAAAUGGGUCAGUGUGAACACUAUCGGUAUCGUGACAGAAACAUCCGUGUAUCACUGGUCAAUGGAGGGUGAAAGUCAACCGGUGAAAAUGUUCGAUCGUCAUCAAACUUUACAAGGUUGUCAAAUAAUUAACUAUCGAACAGAUGAAUCAUUGCAAUGGUUACUUAUCAUCGGAAUCCAAGCGCAAGAUAGUCGAGUGGUUGGCCGUAUGCAACUUUACUCGGUCGAACGAAAAGUUUCCCAACCGAUAGAAGGUCAUGCCGCUGCAUUUACACAAUUUAAACUCGAUGGAAAUAAACAACCAUCAACACUUUUUUCAUUUGGCGUUCGAGGACCUCAAGGAGGAAAACUUCAUAUUAUUGAAGUUGGCACACCAGCACCAGAUAAUCAACCAUUUCAAAAGAAAGCCAUUGAUGUUCAAUUUCCAGCGGAAGCACCUAAUGAUUUUCCUGUUGCUAUGCAAACGUCAUCGAAGCAUGGUGUUAUCUAUCUAGUGACAAAAUACGGUUACAUUCAUAUGUUCGAGAUCGAAACGGGUACAUUGAUUUAUAUGAAUCGUAUUAGUGCAGAUACGAUGUUCGUCACUGCACCACAUGAAACAUCAUCUGGUAUUAUUGCUGUUAAUCGUAAAGGACAAGUUCUUUCGGUUAGCAUUGAUGAAGACAAUGUUGUUUCGUAUAUACAAAAUACUUUGGGCAAUGCGGAACUUGCUUAUAAAAUGUCAGCAAGAUGUAAUUUACCAGGUGCUGAUCAACUAUUUUUGGCUCGAUUCGCUCAAUUAUUUCAAAGUGGAAAUUUCGCUGAAGCUGCUAAAGUUGCUGCAACUGCACCAAGAGGAAUACUUCGAACUCAACAAACCAUUCAACAAUUCCAGACAGUUCCUGCCCAACCCGGUCAGCCAUCUCCAUUACUUCAAUACUUUAGUAUCCUAUUAGAAUCGAGUAAACUAAACAAAGAAGAAUCGAUCGAAUUAUGUAAACCAGUUGUCAUGCAAGGAAAGAAACAACUGAUUGAAAAAUGGUUAAAAGAAGAUAAACUUGAAUGCAGCGAACUAUUAGGUGAUUUAGUGAAAACUAUUGACCCAACAUUGGCUCUAUCCGUCUAUCUACGCGCUAAUGUUCCUAUGAAAGUUAUACAAUGUUUCGCCGAAACAGGUCAAUACCAAAAGAUUGUACUCUAUGCUAAGAAAGUUAAUUUUCAACCGGAUUAUAUCUAUCUUCUACGAAGUAUCAUGCGCAUAAAUCCAGAACAAGGUGUUCAAUUCGCACAAUUACUCGUUCAAGAUAGUGAACCCUUGGCUGAUUUAACUCAAGUUGUCGAUGUCUUUCUCGAGCAAAAUCUUGUUCAACAAUGUACCGCAUUCUUACUCGAAGCAUUGAAAAACAAUCGAGAAGAUCAAGGACACUUACAAACACGUCUCUUAGAAAUGAAUCUAAUGCAAGCACCACAAGUGGCUGAUGCGAUCUUGGGUAAUAACAUGUUUACACACUAUGAUCGACCACAUAUCGCUCAAUUGUGCGAAAAAGCUGGUUUACUUCAACGAGCACUUGAGCAUUACACUGAUUUGUACGAUAUCAAACGUGCCGUUGUGCACACACAUUUACUUAAUCCUGAUUGGCUUGUUAACUAUUUUGGUCGAUUAUCCGUCGACGACUGUUUGGAAUGUUUAAAAGCAAUGCUCCAAGCAAAUAUUCGCCAAAAUUUACAAGUCGUUGUUCAAAUUGCCACGAAAUAUCAUGAACAACUCGGAACAGCCAAACUUAUCGAAAUGUUUGAAUCAUUCAAAAGUUAUGAAGGUCUUUUCUAUUUUCUUGGCUCAAUUGUGAAUUUCAGUCAAGAGCAGGAUGUCCAUUUUAAAUAUAUUCAAGCUGCAUGCAAAACAGGUCAAAUCAAAGAAGUCGAACGUAUUUGCCGUGAAUCAAACUGUUUCGAUCCGGAACGUGUAAAGAAUUUUCUCAAAGAAGCUAAACUAACGGAUCAAUUACCGCUGAUUAUCGUCUGUGAUCGAUUCAAUUUCGUGCAUGAUCUUGUUCUUUAUUUAUACCGAAAUAAUCUUAUGAAAAAUAUCGAAAUCUAUGUUCAACGAGUGAAUUCAGGACGUUUGCCAGUUGUCGUUGGCGGUUUGCUCGAUGUGGAUUGUAGUGAAGAUCAAAUCAAACAAUUAAUUCUAUCCGUUCGAGGCAAUUUCAACGUUGACGAACUGGUCGAAGAAGUGGAAAAACGAAAUCGUAUGAAACUAUUGUUACCAUGGCUCGAAACUCGUGUUCAUGAUGGUAGCAACGAUCCGGGCGUUCAUAAUGCAUUAGCUAAAAUCUACAUUGACUCCAAUAGCAAUCCGGAAAAAUUCCUACGUGAUAAUCCUCAUUAUGAUAGCCGUGUUGUUGGAAAAUAUUGCGAAAAACGUGAUCCACAUCUAGCAUGUGUUGCAUAUGAACGUGGUGGUUGUGAUAUGGAAUUAAUUAAUGUUUGUAAUGAAAAUUCAUUAUUUAAAAGCGAAGCACGUUAUUUGGUCCGUCGAAAAGAUCCGGCCCUUUGGGAACAUGUUCUACGUGAGGAUAAUCAAUAUCGGCGACCACUGAUUGAUCAGGUCAUUCAAACAGCUUUGACUGAAACUCAAGAUCCGGAAGAGAUCUCAGUGACAGUGAAAGCCUUCAUGACUGCUGAUUUACCAAACAAUUUGAUCGAAUUAUUAGAAAAAAUCGUUCUCGACAAUUCUGUCUUCAGCGAACAUCGCAAUUUACAAAAUCUACUUAUUUUAACUGCGAUCAAAGCAGAUCGUACACGUGUGAUGGAUUAUAUCAAUCGUUUAGAAAAUUACGAUGCACCAGAUAUCGCCAACAUUGCUAUUAGCAAUCAGUUAUACGAAGAAGCGUUCUCGAUUUACAAGAAAUUCGAAGUUAAUACUUCAGCUAUUCAGGUACUUAUUGAUCAUAUCAAAAACUUGGAUCGUGCCUACGAAUUUGCUGAACGUUGCAACGAACCUGGCGUGUGGAGCUUAUUAGCUAAUGCUCAGAUACGACAAGGUCUUGUUAAAGAAGCAAUUGAUUCAUUCAUUAAAGCGGAUGAUCCAACAUCAUACUUGGAAGUCGUCAAUGUUGCUACUCAAAAUCAAAGUUGGGAAGAUUUGGUUCGCUACCUACAAAUGGCUCGUAAGAAGGCUCGUGAAACAUUUGUUGAAACUGAAUUAGCAUUUGCCUAUGCUAAAACCAAUCGAUUGGCUGAAUUGGAGGAAUUUAUUACUGCGCCAAAUCAUGCACAAAUCCAAGCGGUUGGUGAUCGUUGUUUCGAUCAAGGACUGUACGAAGCUGCUAAACUUCUCUACAAUAAUAUCUCGAACUAUGCCAAAUUAGCUGUUACACUAUGUUUUCUGGGUGAUUAUCAAGGCGCUGUCGAUAGUGCACGUAAAGCCAAUUCAACGAAAACAUGGAAAGAGAUCUGCUUCGCUUGUAUUGACCGACAAGAAUUUCGUCUUGCUCAAAUCUGUGGUAUUCAAAUUGUUGUUCAAGCUGAAGAACUCGAAGAAUUAAUUAACUAUUAUCUAAAUCGUGGUUAUUUUGAAGAAUUAAUUCAACUUCUCGAAGCAGCUCUUGGUCAUGAACGUGCACACAUCGGCAUGUUUACUGAAUUGGCCAUCCUAUACUCGAAAUAUAAACCACAAAAGAUGCGCGAACAUUUAGAAUUAUUUUGGUCACGUGUUCGAAAACCAAAGGUACUUCGUGCAUGUGAACAAGCUCAUCUUUGGUCGGAAUUGGUAUUUCUCUACGACAAAUAUGAAGAAUAUGAUAAUGCUGUGUUAACCAUGAUGGCUCAUCCAACAGAAGCAUGGCGUGAAAAUCAUUUCAAGGAUAUUAUUAGUAAAGUAGCCAAUAUUGAAUUAUAUUACAAAGCGAUCGAUUUCUAUUUGGAAUAUAAACCAAUGUUAUUAAAUGAUUUACUUUUAAUCUUAUCUCCACGUCUUGAUCAUACACGUGCUGUCAAUUACUUCCUUAAAAUCAAACAAUUACCAUUGGUUAAACCAUACUUACGUUCAGUACAGAAUAUAAACAAUAAAGCCAUCAAUGAAGCUUUGAAUAAUCUUUUGAUCGAAGAAGAAGACUAUCAAGGUUUACGAAGUUCAAUUGAUGCCUAUGACAAUUUCGAUAACAUCUCAUUAGCACAACGACUUGAAAAACAUGAAUUAACUGAAUUUCGACGUAUAUCUGCUUAUCUUUACAAAGGAAAUAACCGAUGGAAACAAGCUGUGGAAUUAUGUAAAAAGGAUCGUUUAUACAAAGAUUCAAUGACUUAUGCUGCUGAGUCUCGUCAAGUUGAUAUAGCUGAAGAUCUGAUCUCAUGGUUUCUCACUGAGAAAUUAUUUGAAUGUUUCGGUGCAUGUCUCUUUCAAUGUUAUGAUCUGUUACGACCUGAUGUGAUACUCGAACUCGCUUGGCGUCAUGAUAUCAUGGAUUUUGCUAUGCCAUACAUGAUUCAAGUUAUGCGAGAAUAUAUUUCUAAGGUGGAUAAACUCGAACAAUCGGACCAAGUUCGUACAGAAAUCGAAGAAACAAACAAUUCGAAACCCAUCGAUUUCAGUGCACAAGGACCAUUGAUGAUCACUGGACCUGGUAUGGGUAUCUAUCCACCCGCAGGAGCUUAUGGUGCUGGUGUCGUAUAUCCACCAUACGGUGGUGCACCUGGUUAUCCAGGAUAUUGA